GUAGAAUAUAACGGUACUUCGUACUAAUCUCUUGGAACUCCUUUGCACACUCUCAUUAUGGAACAAUGGCUAUGCACGCGUUGGAACGCAUUUGGGGUUUUGACGCCUCGCCUAAGUAUUCCCUCACUUUGACCCCCUAAACAAGUACAGCGAUAGUUUAACAACCCCAGCAUUAGCAGCAUUCCUUUUUCUGGUAAUUGAAAACACGAUGGUCCGUCAGGGAUGGGUCGAUUCACCUCAACCUCUCCAAAGACAUCUCAUUCUCACCCUCAUCAUCGUAGGUCUUGUUCUUGGUAUCUCCAUGAGUACUUCAUGUCUUGGCUUGGUUCUCACUGUCAACGGGGUUAUCUGUGCAGUGCCCCUCAUCUGUUUCCCAUCAUUGUGCUACCUACGCGUGGCGGAGGGCUCCAUCUACGGUCGGGACAAACUUCCCUCCCUCCUGAUCUCAUUCGUAGGACUCAUCAUCAUCAUAUCCGGCAUCGUCACCAUGAUCGUCGAUCGCAACCUCACCACCUGCACCCAGAGCGAGGGGUUCGCGUACUGCAACCCCUCCGAUGUCCUCGUAAACGCAUCGGCCAUGCCUCUUCCCAUCAGCCUCCAGCCUGCCUCCCCCCUCCUUGGUGGCCAGUCAUAGCUGUGUGCACUUCUAUAGAAUGUUAACAUUAUCAGAUAUAACAUACCAGAUUGUUUUUCAAAGUAAUAUAUUAGUUUUAGUAUUGUGUAUUCUAGAAUUAUUUUAUUACAAGAGCCAGCCUUUUGGCCCCCUGAUUGGACAAAAAAACACCCAGUAAAUUUAUUAUAGUAGGCCAGAAGAUAAAGUGUUGGAGGAAAUAAUCAACGCAUCAUUUGAUAGAAAUCUGCGUAGUAUAGUUAUCUCUUCAGAGUUACUGUGUAUUGCGAAGACUUUAUAAGUUUUAUGCAUCUUAUUUCAUGUACUUACAAAAACACUCUCAUGCAGUUUGAGUAAAUUCAGAGUGCCGUGCAUUGAGCUGCUUAUGAAAACAAAACCUUUUGUAAGAGAGAAUGUCUUUUGAUUGUAUGAUUUAGGACUGAUCAUAUACUUAUCCAAGCCAUCAAAAUUAAAUUCAUUUUCAAAUCCAGAUUUGAUGAAGGUUUAUAAAGAUUAAUGAUGAGUUGAAAUACAUCCUUCAUUAAUAUUUCUUUUCAUUUUGUACAAAAAGAAAAAAAAUAUGUAAAAUUUAGUAUUUAAACAUGUUAAGUACUAUAGUUUCAGAUGUAUUAUUCUGGGUAUGCAAAGUGCCAACUAAAUGACCAAGGCCCACAAGUUAUUCUCCCGAAUCCACCAUGAUGUAACUAAAACUAAUCACAAAUUCAAAUAUCGAUAUCAUUGAUCUAUGGAACAUUAUUAUAAAUAUUACAUCAACAUUUUUGGAAUAUUUUUUGGGGUAACUUAUCUUGGUACCAGAGUAUGCUCAGAUAAGAUGAAUGGAGAUUCUAAUGAUUUUCUUAUUUGAUUUGAUUUUAUUAAUCAUGUGUACAGUGUUCAUUUAUGUCUACUGCCAUACGAUUUUAUUUAUACUAACUUAUUUGUGAGCUUUAAAAUGAUAGAAUCUAGUUUAUAGAAAUGAGUUUCAAGAAUUAUGAAACAAAAAAGGUUCUUGUGUCAAAGAUUAAAAGAUUGUUAUUGAGUGUUCUUAUUAAUAGUCUCUAUGAACAGUCAUAGCAAUAUUGUGAGUUAUAAGAUACUUUGUUUGAUUCGUGUGUCAUUGAUUAUGAUAUUUUGAGUUUGGUAUGAUUAAGCAUACAGCCGUACUUCAUUUUUCAAGCUUGCCAAAAAUAUGCAUUGAAAAAGAAAAUGUGUAUGAAUACAUACCUGUUUGUCAUUAAAUCCUUUGCUAGUAGUUGCAAACCGUCCAUUAUUCAGGUACAUUAUUAUUCAGACACUCUUGUGUUUGAAAUGUGUUAGCAGAACCCUGUAACACUGAGGUUAGUGAUUUAUUGUAAAUCUGAUUUUAUGAUUAAUUCCUUCGGCUUGAAAACACAGUAAGUAAUUUUACCACUUAUCUUAAAUUGAUAUAAGUUUUGAAUGCAAUUUUUUAAUUUAGGCCCAGUUUUAUACGAUUGAUUAUCAAUUAUAGAUAUGCUUGUUACGUACAUUAUGACACAUUCUAUUUCAAUUAUGUUUUAACAUUUCCUGCUUUUAUGCUAUUCUUGUGGCUGUCAUAAUUAGAAUGUAGAUUUUGUAUUUUUUUGUUAAUUGUUGUUUAUUUAUUCCUACCUGGAAAUUGAUAUAUGCAUGGAUACAUGUAUAUAAAUGUGUGCUAAAGUAGGUAUUGCAAAGAAAGUGAAAUCCAACAUUGUGUUUUAUUUAAGUUUUUGUUUGUAGUGUACGUAGCAGACGGAUUGUGUGCCAGUUGUAGAAGAUAUUUUAUUGUGCAAAGUUUACGUGUGUCAUUGUGGAGUUUACCAUGACAAUCCUUUACUUUGACGAGAUGUAUAUUGCCACUCUUAAUUCAGGUGUAUGGGCUAGAAGUUAAAGAAAAUUAUUUGUAAUGAUAUUCAAGAGUGGCAUAUUAUCACCGUUAUCACCACCACAUCCACUACCACCAUCACCGUUAUACUAAACAUCAUGUAUCAUCAUAAUCAUCAUUGUCAUGAUGAUUAUGGUGAUGAUCAGGGACGGAUCCAGGAUUUUUCGAAAGGGGGGGGCACAUUUUCUCGAGGAAAAAUUUGACAAGCAAAAAAAAAUAAAAAAAAGGUUUUUAACCAAAAAUUAAGGGGAUUUUGUCCAUGAAAAAAUCUGACAAGCAAAAAAAAAAAAAAGGUCUUCAGUUUCAAAAGGGGGGCACACUUCUGUUUUAACGGCAUUUUUUCAUGACAAGUUUUAAUUGUGCAUCUGAAAGGGGGGGGGGGCAUGGGCUGGCUGUCCCCCCUGUCCCCCUGGAUCCGCCAGUGGUGAUGAUAUAUGACCAUCAUAAUCAUUAUUAUAAUGUCAUCAUCACACUCUCAUCAAUAUCAUCAUUGUCAUCAUCAUCCUCGUCAUCAUUGUCAUUAUUAUAGUCGUCUUCAUCAUCAUUAACAUGUUUCGAGAAAUAUCAACAUAAAUACUUUUUUUCAGAGAGUCAGAUUUUGUAAUAAUUUAUCAUUUUCAGAUGACAAUCAGUUUAGUGGCUCUUUCCCUGUUCUGACUGAUCUGAUGUUCCUUGUAAUAUUCAAGUUAACAUACCAAUGAACAAAAGUGGGGUAGAUAUGGUUAGUAGUUUUAUUUAUUCAUUACCUAUCAAAUCAAAGAAUCUUUAAAUGACCCCAAUCAAUAUACAACUAAGGCUUAAGGCCACCGCACACCUUGAGAUUGGUCUGUGACCCAAUUUUUGAAUAAAACGUAAUAAUUGAGACUUGGAACAUCUUACUGUGUUAAGUUUUUAAUUGUUGUACAAACACUUAUGUUAAAAUCUGUGACUAUAUGUCAUCAUCCUUAUUAGAAAAAAAACAAAGUCGUAAUGACAUCAUAUCCAAUUGCACAAUUGACUACGAUUUGAAAUCAAUUUGGCCUUUACUCCAAAAUAAAUGCUUGCAAUUAUCCAAAAUUGUUAAUUAGUAACCUUACAGCUAAUUUGAACCUAAAAAAAAAAAAGGUCUGCGGUGGCCUUUACACAUUUAAAUGUACUUAUUAAGCAGUUGAAUGGUUAUCAUUGUACUUGUAUCGUUGAUGAUAUUGGACCAUGUGACUUUGUUAUGAUUACAUUUUUAUAUGGAUAGGACUGCAGCAUGGUAAUACCAUCAUACAGGCAACUGCAAUCUUGCAGCUUUUAUACACUGAUAAAAUGAUGUCAUAAUCUUGCAGCGCCCUCCCUUAGAGGAUAUAGGAAUACAUGUAAAAUGGAGUUGUCAGAGAUGUGCCAGCUGCAGAUCACCAACACAUGCGAGGGGAUGGCUUCAGUCUCCAAGUUGGCGGGGCUAUGACCUCAAUGCAUAAGGCCUAGUCAGUCUUAAUUUCUUUUGUCAUAUCUGUUGGAAACCACCAAAACAAGGAUGACAUACGGUAUUAUGGGAAUGAAGUAUAUGUAUAGAUUUUUAUUUACUUUGUCCAUGUAGGUCUGUGUUCAGAUUUAUGGUGAAUAAAGCUGUGUUAGGAUUAGUUUCUCCUUUUAUCAUCAAAGUAUGUGUGUAUUUAUGCGAAGAUUAGCCAUCCCAUCAUGCCAAAAGAAACAGAAAAUUGCAACACAGACCAAGCGGUGUUGCAUGCCAUGUGGCUACAAGGGUGUUUCACAAAUAGGUGUGACCUUAUGAACGCCAAUACGAAUAUUAUUUAUCACAUAAUCUCAUUGUUAAAUAUGUGGCAGAGCAUGUCUCCUUUUUCAGUGAUGCAUUAUUUUCCACAUGCAAAUGGAAUUUAAGAGUGAUCUUUAUGAACCGCGCUCUGAUGUAAUGAAAAGUUUAUGUCUCUAUGCUUUACAGAUGUUUUCCAUAUGAAAAACAGUACUUGAUAUCGGUUCUAUAUUUAAACGCAUGCCAUACAUUUCAUGAACAUAAUUUUUAAAGAACUUUCUUCGAGACGAGAUAUUUUAGAAUUUAAUUGUCUUUUGUUCCCUCAAAUGUAUGUGUCUUUCAUGAAAUGUGCAAUUUAUUUGCGGUGUUUGUCAAAUUGCAGAAAAAGAGAAACCACAAAAUAAUAAUUUCAGCAAUAGAAUAUUGUGUAAAAUGUGUCUAAAUACUUGGUUGUGUAACCUCAGAAAAAUAUUCCCACAUAUUUUUUUUUGGGGGGGUCUUUAUCUCACAAUGCACUCGUUACAAGCUUUGCUUACCGAGUCGUUACUUCCAUUAUAUUAUAAGUUCUAGAAAUCUAUUAAUGCUUAUACAUUGGAAAUAAAUGUUGAAUUGAACUGAAUUUCAACUGAUCUCGGCAGAGUGGAAUUCAGAUAACAGAAUAUUAGAGUUUUCCAAUAGGUCAAUUCUUGUUCUUUGGAGAGAGAUCUCGUACUGUACUGCUGUAGCAUAUGGAUUUUGUUUAAAAGUCUUUAGCAAAUUCUCAGAGAAAAUAGCUCUUUUUCUUGUCUCUUGUGAUAUAUGAUGCAUAUUCUACGUGGACCCGUGUUUUUGUCUCUUAUUCUUCCACUUGACUUGUUCUAUUCAUUCAUUCCAAGCAUGUUACCAAUAUCAUGUGAAAUUGUAAAUUAUCUUGUGCAGAUUAUCAAAUAGAUAUCUAUAUAUUGAUGAACAUAA